AUGGCGUCGGCUACUAAGGAGUGCGACUACUUGGUGCUAGGCAUCGGUAGCGGCGGUAUCGCUUCUGGUCGACGAGCAGCUAAACACGGUGCCAAAGUCAUUGCGGUCGAAUCGAAUCGAUAUGGCGGUACUUGCGUAAACGUCGGUUGUGUGCCAAAAAAGGUGACCUGGAAUGCGGCAGCUAUUGCGGAAACCUUCAAGGAUGCGAAGGCGUAUGGCUUCCAAGUGGGCGAACAGCCCUCCUUCGACUGGCCGUACUUCAAGAAGAAACGAGAUGCAUACGUGAUGCGUCUAAACGGCAUCUACGAAAACAACCUCAACAAGGACCACAUCGAGCACCUGCGCGGCACGGCGAAAUUUGUGGGCAAGGACGAGGUCGAGGUUGCGCUGCAUGACGGAGGCAUUCAGCGCGUCAAGGCGAGGCAUAUCCUCAUUGCAACUGGUGGGCGACCGAAGGUUCCGGAAAUACCUGGAAAGGAGCUAUGCAUCACUAGUGACGGCUUUUUCGACCUCGAGGAACAGCCCAAGAGCAUCGCAACAAGCGGCGCAGGAUAUAUUGGUGUCGAGAUGACUGGCAUGCUCCACGCUCUUGGCUCCAAGACGCACUUCUUUAUCCGAAAAGACAAGCUCCUGCGAACCUUCGACCCGAUGAUCCAAGACGCCGUCACACAAGAAUACGAGCGGCAGGGCAUCAACCUGUACAAGGGCUCCCAGAUUACCAAAGUCGAAGAUAUCGGCAACGGCCUGAAGCGCGUAACUUACCAAGAGAUUGAAACCAAGAAAGAGUAUACUGUCGAAGUCAAAGAGGUUCUCUUCGCAACCGGGCGUGACCCUGAAAUCGAAGACCUACACAUCAAAGACUUUGGUAUAAAGCUCAACAAGAAAAACCACAUCGUUACUGAUGAGUACCAGAACACGUCUCUACCAAAUAUUUACGCCAUCGGCGACGUCUGCGACCGCGGCUUCGAGCUCACGCCGGUCGCCAUCGCCGCCGGUCGGCGCCUCUCCGACCGCCUCUUCGGCGAUAACCCGGAUGCGUAUCUUGAAUACUCCAAUAUCCCCUCCGUUGUCUUUGCACAUCCUGAAAUCGGAUCCAUUGGCCUGACUGAGCCCGAAGCCCGGGAGAAGUACGGCGACGACGUGAAGAUUUACAAAACGGAGUUUAGCGGCAUAUACUUCGCCAUGAUGGAUCCUGAGGACAAGCAGCAGACUGUAUACAAGAUCGUUUGCGCCGGCAAAGAGGAGAAGGUUGUGGGAUUGCAUAUUCUCGGCCAGGCGAGUAGUGAGAUUUUGCAAGGAUUUGGCGUGGCGAUUAAGAUGGGUGCAACCAAGAAAGAUUUGGAUAAUUGUGUGGUCACCAUGACCUAG